UAGUGCCGAGUUUAGCACUUUGCAACAUGAUCCGCUCACACCACGGAGAGGCCGGGCUCUGCGGUCCCGCAUCCUGCCACCAUCCCACGGCACCACAUGGAGACUGGAUAGAGACACAGUAACGAGGGAUGACAAAGAAAGAAGGUGGACCAUUUCGUUGUGGCUAUAUGAACCCCCAGCAGCAUCAGCAGCUCCUGACAAAGCUAAGGCAAACACACAGAUGAGUGUGACGGGAAGUACUGCUGCUUAUUGCGGUCUGCGUCAAACCUCUCCCUCCUUUGGAAGAUAAUGCCCCCGGUGCCUCUUGAAGGACUUUCUGGGUCUAUUAGUUGCUCACGCUGCGUGGGUCUAUGUUGUCAGGAUCUCGGGGGUAAACAACCAGCAGGGACAGUUAUGGUCACCGGGUCUCCAGACGCUCAGUCACUCUCAGCAUCUGCAUUGUAAGGAGAAACUCGUCCUGUGGGAGUGGGCUUGUGGAGGAAUAUGCAGAGAUAAAAAAAAACCCACAAAAAACAGCAGUUUUCUUUACUACUGCACCCAAACCAGACAGUCGUAGUUGGAUUACAGGGUGUUGUUGUUUACCAAUAUGAAUUCGCUAUUUUUCUCCGAUACUCCGCCCGGUUCGGUCUGCAACGUCCCUACAGGGUCGGGCGCGGUGACCAGCGUCCUGCGAAAUGACCUGGGCUCCAACAUCCAUGUGCUGAAAACUCUCAACUUGCGAUUCCGCUGCUUCCUUGCCAAAGUCCAUGAACUGGAGAGAAGAAACAAACUGCUGGAGAACCAGCUAAAGCAAGCUCUGCAGAAAGCGCAAUACCGCCACCUUUACGCCCGAGAAGUUGCCGUGCAGACGGACGGUCCCGAGUCGCGACUACCGGGCACCAUCUGGAGUUUCACCCACGUCCGGAGGCAAGGGGAGCGCUUUGAGACCCUGCACGGACCAGGGGUGACGUGGACUCAUCCGGACGGAGUCGGGGUCCAAAUAGACACCAUUACCCCAGAACUGAGGGCUCUGUAUAACGUGCUGGCCAAAGUCAAGCGGGAGAGGGACGAAUAUAGGAAAAGAUGGGAGGAGGAGCUGUCCAAACGAGAGCAGCUGGAGUCCACGGUGGAAUCCUUGCAGCAGAGCGCCCAGGAAUCAGCUGAGGUCCAGGAUGAGCUGAGUGAGAAGGUGGACAGACUGAAGGCUGAACUUGUGGUCUUCAAGAGUCUGAUGAGUGAUCAAAUGUCUGACCUGGACACCAAGAUUCAGGAGAAAGCCAGGAGGGUGGACAUGGACAUCUGCAGACGGAUCGACAUCACGGCCAAACUGUGUGAUGUGGCCCAGCAACGCAAUUCAGAGGACAUGUCAAAGAUGUUCAACGUCAGUCCAGCCAGGUCGCUCCCAGAGAAGGGUGCCAUGGCCUGCUGCAGGAGAAAAGAGCGUAAAGCUGUGUCAGAUGAGGAGAGCUCAGAAAUGGAUGCUGAGCCCAGCCCUUCAGAGGAGGAGGCUGCCGGGUCGCUCAAUAUCACAGAUGAAAUGAAACGCAUGCUCAACCAGCUACAUUGUUCAGAUAACUCCUUUGUUGCCAGGCGCGAAACAUUUGAAAUUGACGACGACUGCGACAGCCUGACGUGGGAGGAAAACGAGGAGACUCUGUUGCUGUGGGAGGACUUCACAAACUACAAUGUACCGUGCACCAUCACUGCAACAACCUUCACAAAUGCCUGCACCUCUGAUGGCAACGGUGAACCCACUGAUCCAGACUCCCAGGAUGGAAGUCUUGGCAGCCUCAUUGAUGAAACAGAGUCACUAUUUAAGACCAGAGAGCAGGAGUACCAGGAGACCAUCGGCCAGAUUGAGAUGGAAUUGGCCACAGCAAAGAGUGACAUGAACCGGCAUCUGCACGAGUACAUGGAGAUGUGCAGCAUGAAGAGGGGCCUGGAUGUGCAGAUGGAGACCUGCCGACGGAUGAUUAAAGGUGGCAGGAGCUCUCCCUCUUUCAGCUCUGUGGCCAGCAGCGACUCAGGGAACACAGACGAGAUCCAGGACGAGAUCUCGGACAAGGACGCAGAGGCUGAAGUCCCCGUUAGUUGAUGGCUGCAUAGUUGGGCUUUGUCCCUUCUCCUCCUAAACGCCACUCCUCCCUGCUAGAGAGGCAAAUCUGGGCCUCUUUGACCUAUUAAAGUUCUGAUGGUCGUGCUCCCUGAUGCAGGCACAGAACUGGUGCUUUUAUACUAUUUCUGUUGUUUAGGAAGUUGUGGAGGGUUGGGGUAGGGGGCGUUACAAACAGAAAGGGUGCGAACAGAGUCCGAGCUGUGCUCUCUUCCUGACUGCUGCCUCGAUGAAUCCUUGUCCAGAGCUUCACAUCAUUUUACGGGAGAGAAUAAAAAAUUCUCUCAUGUUUUGAACUGGAUGAGAAGUAUUUUAUACACAUUCUUACCCUAAUGAUGUCCUUUUUUUCUAAAGGAAUUGAAAAUAGUACAUAUUGUGCUCCUCCACUUUCACAUAAAAUACAUCCAUCUUUAUAAUUUAAUAUUUCAUUUAGAUUGAAAAAAGUCUGUGCCCCUCAAUUGAACACUGUUUUGUUUUUGUCAUGAUUUACAUGGGGUGUUUGGAAUCCAAAUUAAACUGUUUGGAAUUUGAGUGUCUCCUGUCAAGGAGACAAAACAAGGAGUGGAGAUGAAUGGUGUAGGAGUUCUGGUGGUUUCUGAGGGAACUCUGCAGGGUUGCCAAAGUUGACAGGGGAAAGGAGCACAGCCUUUUGAUGCAUCAGUGCACUACUGAAGUUCUAUGCAAUUUAGCUGGCCUUAUUUUCGGACUGGCUUUUCACCCUUCCUUGUUUCUCUUAAAACCAAUACAAUUAGCCUUUUAAGCAAAGCAGGUGUUUUCUAUGUAAAAUUUUGAGAACUUUUUUUGUGCAUUUGAGUGUGAAACAGUAUUUUGUUUUUUCAUGGAUAUCAACAGUAAAACCUGGAACAGUGCCCCCUCAACAAUGGACUGAUAUCUUCAUUCACGACUAUAAUUGUUAACGUUGCCAUUGAAACACACAGUGCAUUGUUGUGAUUCGCACUAUUGAGGAAACAUUGUUGUCAUCUUGGACAGUUUCAUUUGUGCACAUACAGACAUAUCAUUUUAAAUGUCAAAAAUCAAUGUUUUUAUCAAAGAAAUCACACUAAACUUAUCCAAGUAAAACCAUUCCCUCCAACGUCUCAAAUAAAACCAAAGGACACAUUUUGAAAAGCUUCUCUUUCACAUAAUCUUCAUAGAUGACCAUCUUACAUAUUUUGUAGUUGCUGUUGUUUGGAGUAGCUAUUUAUUUCUCUGUGGUUUCAGUAAAAGAUUAUUUCCUGUUGUCCUGCAGGGGACUCUGUUCCAGAUGAACGUCCUGCUUUGUCUCUUCUGAAUCUGGGCUUAAAGUGUCAGACUGUACAGAGGGCUGUAGGCAUGUGAUCGUACACCCCAGAGGCCUUUUUGUUCAUAUUAGUCUUUUUGCAACAGACUGAGAUAUGUCUCAGUUUUGCUUUUCAGUGCUCUCACUGGGUUUGCGUAGAAACUAAUCAACGCGUGGGGAUAGAAAUAACAUGUUUUUUUUCCACCUCUUUGUAUAAUAAUGUACGUACGGUUUGCUGGAUCAAAGAUUAAGUGCUACUUCAAUCUGAAGUUUUACAGAAGCAGAAUGUCAAAAUACAGGCCUUUUGUUAUUUCAGCAUGUUUGUGUGGAGAAAAGGAGCUAUGGGUCUUUUUUUAUAACAUUAUUUUUGGAACUAAAUAGCUGCAAUGCAGACUGUGCGCUAUGUUUUUAAUCCAAACAGUGUCUAUCCUAAUCAUUAACUGUAUUUGUGUCAGAAAGUGUAUUUUUCACAGUUUUUAAUCACUCUGUGUUAACCAAAAAGUGUAUUACUGAGACCAUAUUCUGCUUUUAUUAAUUUUGCAGGACUAUUAAACUUGUUCCAGACAUUUUGGUCACUUACUGACCCCAUCACCUCACCUAUAAUAAAAACUAUAUGCUCAUGUAUGAUUAUGUAAGAGUGAGGAAGUGUGUGACUCACAGUGAACCUUCAUUCCCUUUCAUGUUUGAGUGGAUGUAAAACCAGCCUGAUAAGUAACAAAGAGCCAUUCUUUUAUUGGUACUGUACUUUGUAUCAACGACAUCAAACACUUUAUUUAAUGGCUGCACAGCUGUAACAUGCAGAAACAAUAGCGUUUGCUGUAUCUGACUUUUCCUUGUUGAGACUGUAGCCCACACCACUCUGACCAUCACACUAACCAGCCAACCAAAGCAAAGUGUACAGUGACAUGACAAAGAUGUAAAUCAAGCUAUGAAUCCUACUAACUCUGGAAAGUCUCAGUGUUUGUAUAUGCCUACCACACGUUUACCUGACCAGACAUUUGUCUGAUUUUUCCAAAAUCAGCAUUCUCGCAAACUAUGAGAUGUUAGGUGUUUUAUCUUCCUUUUCAUCCCUGAAAGCAGGUCAACACCCAACACCAUCCAGUCAAUAAAACUGUAGCAACCCUCCUUAAUGAAUGUAGCUUGAUUGGAGGCGUCUGUCCUCUAAAGACCUUACCAGUAAAAGCUGAGCAAAAAAAUGUGGCUGUUUCUAUCCAGGGAUAUAUGGUGUGCCGUUACUUAUUGGAGAACUCGGUAUGUUUUGCUUUACUCGGCAGGUUCUUACCUGACCAACUUAGAGUAUGUCACCUGGGUGUAUGUAAAUGAGGUUGUGAUGGAUGUGUAUGUUUCAUUCUAAAAAGGGUUUUUAUAUGAUUGGUUUGUAUCGGUGUAGCUCUGGGUUUACAUGGUUAACUGUGGUGUCAGCGUACAGUUUUACAUGCUCAUCGGCAUACCUGUUGAAUAUCAUUAUUGUUUUGCUUGUAUUUAGCGUCAUAAACAUGAGGGGAAGAUAAAAGGUGCAGCAAUACUUGUGGCCAUAUUUGGGUAAAAUCUACUGAACUGUUUUGGAUUCUGGUCUGUUUCAUUUGCAUCACAGGUAUCAUCCUGUUGGUUUUAAGUUGUUGAUCUGUCUUCUUUAAUUUAAGUGCUUUUGUCUUAGGUUUAUGGAUUUAUUUUUGCAUUUAAACUAUUGAUACAACGUAUUCAUGUGGGUCUGGGAAAGGCUGUUUCAACAUUAUGAAUGUACUCAACUGAUAUUUGGGGUAAAAUGAAAUAAAAUGGUGGAUUGGAUAAAAAUUCA